AUGGACGUCGACGGCGUAUCUUCAUCACCACCUCUGCGUCAUUCCUCCCUACCUCCAAGCAGUGCUCCGCCUGGCUCACAAUCAUCUAAUGGUCGUCUCACGCCGCAAAGGAGGACACCGCAGCGCAACCGCGCGCCGGUCGACGCGCUGAACCUAGGGGACGACGAGGCCGAGGACGUGGAUGAAACCCGGGACGCGCGGCACAACCAGCAGGACGGCGAUGUGCCGAUCGUAAAAGACGCGGUUGGUGAGAGCGUGCAGGAGAGUUUCGAGUCGUUCCUUAGAACGUUCACCGAGGAAGUCACAUUGGCACCUACACCCGCGUCAGACGGUGGCAUACCGGCCGCGCCAGAUGGAGAGCUCAUUUAUGUCGAACAAAUUCACACCAUGCGGGAGUACGAGUUGACCACCCUGUACGUGGACUACGGGCACCUGCUACAAAGGGACGACGUACUCGCCGACGCCAUUCAGAAACAGUACUACCGUUUCCUUCCGUACAUCCGCCGCGCCCUACACAACCUCGUUGCCGAAUUUGAACCGGAGUACCUCAAGUUAAACCCUACCGCUGCGGCCAUGGACUCCGUGAAUCUGCAGUCACGCGAAUUCAACGUCGCGUUUUAUCAUCUGCCUUUGGUCUCGGGUAUCCGAGAUCUCAGGACGGACAAGAUCGGCACGCUCAUGAGCAUCAGCGGGACUGUGACCCGGACGAGCGAGGUGCGGCCCGAACUGCUCUAUGGCAGCUUCAUUUGCGAGGUCUGUGGAGGCCUGGUCAACGAAGUCGAGCAGCAGUUCAAGUACACUGAGCCGAGCCUUUGCCCGAAUCCAACAUGUGGGAACAGGAUCGCAUGGCAAUUACAAAUCGACAGCUCAAAGUUCACCGACUGGCAGAAGGUUCGCAUCCAGGAGAACCCGUCGGAGAUCCCUACAGGGUCAAUGCCACGGUCCCUCGAUGUCAUCCUCCGCUCUGAACUCGUAGAACGCGCCAAGGCAGGUGACAAAUGCGUGUUCACGGGGACAUUCAUUGUCGUCCCGGACGUGAGCCAGCUCGGGUUGCCGGGAGGGAACAAGGCAGAGCUGAUGCGUGAAGCAGCGCGGGCUGGGGCGAACUCGGCUGCCGCGGCUGUUGGUGGCGCAGGAGUAACCGGGCUUAAGAGCCUGGGUGUCCGUGACCUGCAGUACAAGACAGCUUUCUUGGCUUGUAUGGUUCACGAUGCCGAUGGCCGGGCCGGUACCAACAUACGAGGAGAGGAGGAAUCUGGCGAGGAUGAUGCACAGGCCUUCGCGCGGUCGCUCACAGAGCCAGAGUUUGAGGAACUGAAGCGCAUGAUCGAGUCGGAUCACAUCUAUUCGCGGUUGGUGGAGAGCAUAGCGCCGACGGUGUACGGACACGACAUCGUCAAGAAAGGACUACUGUUGCAGCUCAUGGGUGGUGUGCACAAGCAGACCUCCGAGGGGAUGCACCUGCGCGGAGACAUCAAUAUCUGUAUCGUCGGCGAUCCCUCUACAUCGAAGUCGCAGUUCCUCAAGUACAUCUGUUCCUUCCUCCCUCGCGCAGUCUAUACCUCUGGCAAGGCCUCAUCUGCUGCCGGUCUCACUGCUGCCGUUGUCAAAGACGAGGAGACUGGCGAUUUCACGAUCGAGGCGGGUGCUCUCAUGUUGGCGGACAACGGUAUCUGCGCCAUUGACGAGUUCGACAAGAUGGAUAUCUCUGACCAAGUCGCGAUCCACGAAGCUAUGGAGCAGCAGACGAUCUCAAUCGCGAAGGCAGGCAUCCAUGCAACGCUGAACGCGCGCACGUCUAUUCUCGCAGCAGCCAAUCCCAUAGGAGGCCGCUACGACAGGAAGAAGUCACUGAGAGCAAACGUUGCGAUGACGGCGCCCAUCAUGAGUCGUUUCGACCUGUUCUUCGUACAUAUCGUGAACGUGCACCGGUUCCAAGACGAUGCGAUUCAUCCCGAAUUCAGCACAGAGGCUCUGCAGCGGUACAUCCGGUAUGCGAGGACUUUCAAUCCUAAGCUUACGCCCGAUGCAGCGGACGUCCUUGACGAUGCUUCUGGUACUGGCAAAAACUCAUAUCGCAUUACAGUCCGUCAGCUGGAGAGUAUGGUCCGUUUGAGCGAGGCCAUUGCUCGGGCGAAUUGUACAGCAGAGAUCACCCCUGCCUUCGUGCGAGAAGCCUACAGUCUACUACGGCAGUCUAUCAUCCACGUCGAGCAAGACGACAUUGACUUCGACGAGGAAGAGCUCGAAGGCGAGCGAGAGGGUGACCGGCGUCCACGAAAUGCCCAGAAUGAUGAGGAAAGCCAAGACGUCGAGAUGUCGCGGCGGAGCUCAGGCGGCCUCCAGGGCGCCAGCCUCAGAUCCACCUCGAGAGCGGCGAGCAUGGCACCUGCCCCGGCAGCGCGUCCGAAGAGGAGGAUGGUCAUCACGCACGACAAGUACAUGACCCUGCAGAGUCUCAUUGGCGUGGAUCGCGAUGAACUCAUAGACUGGUAUCUAGAGCUCAAGGAGGCGGAGCUCCAAGACGAUAACUAUCUCAUCGAGAUCAAAGGCGACGUCCAGGAAUCGCUACCGGAGUCGAUGGAAGAGAGCAGCACUCAGCCCUCAUUUGAUGUACAAGGAGGCGACGUCCGUGUCUAUUACAUGGUGCACCCAUCUGUGGACACGGAGAGUUCUUCAUCUGUUCCAUAG